CGUCCAAAGCGUACAGUACUGCCGGUAGUCAAUCCAAUCCAGACAGCCGAUAAGAAACACGGAAAUACUCGGAAACGCUCCAUGAAUAUUUGUCCUUGACUACUUAAUCGCUUUUCUUGAAACCCUGUAGUUAACGCCAUCAACGCUGUUGUUUCCUCUCCUUAACACCACCAGUAACACGGCGGACGCGCCCAUUCUGUGUGAACUCUGUGUUUGCUGUGCUGCAAGGUUCAGCAAUGUGUGCGUGUGCAGUGCUUGCUGCGCGACUUCUCGAAUAGACGUGGGCGAUACACGCUGGACCACAUCACAGAUGAUCUUCUCGAGCAAGCAUUCAGAGGGCGCUUGUUGGCAUGGCAGACGAGGAGGAGCAAGAGAACGAGCUGCUUGUUCUGGAGAGCAUUUACGACGCCUCGGUCUUCGGAGUGAGCAAGAAGCAAGGCCACUACCCCGAAGGACAUUUCCUCGCUCGCGUUGAAGUUCCCAAGCCGUUCCGCGUGCUGGUGCCUAGAGUGAAUGCCCCAGAAGAAAUACAGGAGAUUUCGCUGGAACAUUUGCCUCCAAUUGUUUUGGACUUUCAGUUGCCUGCCAACUACCCCUCUAAAUCGGCACCUCGUUUCUGCCUGAGCUGCCCGUGGCUUACAUUGAAAGAGCUGGAGAAGUUAAGCCAUGCGUUAGAUCGCACCUGGCAGCAGGACCAAAACACUGUGGUGCUGUACCGCUGGAUGACACUGCUGGACACUGAAGCAGCAGACAUUCUGCGACUGUCAUCUAGCCACACCUUGGUGCCUCUCUUCGAGGAACUGACCAGGCUGCGUGCAUAUAGGAGAACAAAGUGGAAAAAGUGCUACACAUACCGUGGCAAUGGACGCACUGAUGUGCGUGUCUUUAAGGAGGCAGUAGACCCGCUAACAUUGACCACUCUUCUCACUGAGUAUAACAGCCGAGAAAAGCGGCGGCUGUUUGACCUACAGUGGCUGACCUGCCAGGUGUGUCUGACAUCCAAGUUGGGCUCGGAGUUUGAACUGGUUAUUGGCUGCGACCACCCGUUCUGCCGGAGCUGCCUCCGCGAGCAUUUUCGCAUCCAAAUCGAGAGUGGCUGUGCCAACCAGCUCCGCUGUCCGCAGGAGAAAUGCACCACGCAGGUGGUGCCCACACAGGUGAAGGCGCUCGUUGGCGAUGCUCUUGGCUCACGCUACGAGGAGAGCCUGCUCAGUGCCUACCUGGACUCCCAGGAGGACCUGACCUACUGCCCCCGGCUGCAGUGCCAGCGGCCAGUGGUGUUAGACCCGGGUCUGCCCAUGGCACAGUGUGCCAGUUGCCAUUUUGUUUUCUGCCUCUACUGCCGCAUGGUGUACCACGGGGUCCAGCCCUGCCGUCUCAAGCCUGGGGAACAGAGGGCUAUCCGAGAUGAAUACCUGUCAGCAACUCCAGCGGCGAAACAAGCAAUGGAGAAGCGGUACGGGAGGCGCACGCUGCAGCUUCUAGUGGACGAAUCGCUCACCCAGGACUGGAUGCAAGAGAACAGCAAGAAGUGCCCGCACUGUGGCAUUUCCAUCGAGAAGCAAGAUGGCUGCAACAAGAUGACUUGCUGGCGCUGUGGAACCUAUUUCUGUUGGAUCUGUGUGGUGGCCCUGAAGGCGUCCGGGAACCCAUACCAGCAUUUCAGUGAUCCCAGGUCCGGCUGCUUUAACAAGCUGUUUGAAGGGGCAGAUGAUAUUGCCGAAGAGGACGACCACGAAUUUGGAGAGUUUUUGUGAACAUUCGUUACCUCUACAGUUCCUGUCCAAGACAGUGCCUAGUUUUUUUCCGAGCCUCAUUCAGGCUGUGUUUGGCUCACAACACUGCAGCUGAUUGGAUCACCGUAGAUGACAUGGAAGACAUGACGGUGGCAUGAAAAACUGGAUGUGCACCAUGGAAAGCAACAUGUAUCCGCAAGGAAGCACUUCAAUCUAAGUUCUGUAAUAAAUUCUUUUCUUUUUUUUCA